AUGAGCUCCAGGAACCGCUCCGCCGCCGCCUCGUGCGUUGCCCUGGCUGCGGCGCCGUCUCUCCGGCCCGCGACGCUGCUGCUGAAAUGGGACGUGGGCGGCGGGCGCGGGGAGGGGAGGAAGGGGACUGGCGCCGCUGACGAAGCGCGGGACGCCGCGCGGGAGACCAAGGCGAGGGAGGUGUCGGUGCGGAGGCUCGCGGCUGGGGUCUGGCGGCUGCGCCCGCCGGAGGCCGUGGACGGGGGCGGCGGCGGCGGCGGCGACUGGCGAGAGCAGGGUCCGCGUGGGUGUCGAGACUAA